GUUUUUAAAUUACAUUUUAAAUGCUCAUUCUUAUAUCUCUUUUUAGUUUUCCUCACGGGAGAAAAAGCCAAUUCAGUAUUAAAACGCUACCCAAGAGCUAACGGAUUUCUUGAAGAAAUAAGACAAGGCAACAUUGAACGUGAAUGCAAAGAAGAAAUCUGCACAUUUGAAGAAGCAAGAGAAGCUUUUGAAAAUAAUGAAAAAACUCCAUAA